UCACGAGAUUUUGUCUGUUUGUCUCCCACAGUGCUGCAGCUUUAGAUGCCACUAAACUCACUCUGCUUCGAUAUUGAUCUGAAGUGACUGAAGAAAAAAAAAAGUCUGUUUGGUCAGAGGGAUCUGCAGUGUCCUCAAGGAGUGCGGAGCAGAUGAAUUUGAAGUUGCCCACAGUACAAGUGGACCCAGAAGGCCUGAACACUCCACCUGUAAUUCUUAUCUAAUCAGCCUCAGGUGCCAGCAUGGAUGUGGACGAUGAGCCGUUGCUGUUUCAGACCAGCUGGGGAGGAGAGGAGGAAGAGGAGGAGGAUGAGGAGGAGAAGGAGGAGGAGGAUGGAGAAGCUCAGGCAGCAGGACAGGGCUGUUUGUCCGGGGACGCAGGAGUGUGUGGGGUGUGGAGGAUGGUGGGGUGGAUUUACACGCAGCCCUUGGCCAGUGGACUGGUUUUAGGAGUAGCCGUCCUGCUGCCAUGUGCCCUAUUUGCCUACAUGCUCCUCUACUGCCCUCCUCUGGACAUAGACCUCUCCUACAGUGCCUUUGAGGUUCACAGUCACUUCUCAGCCGAGCGCUUCGACGCCCUCACCAUUGCCGUGAAGACUCAGCUGGGGUCGUGGGACAGACGUCGGCGAGACCUGGACAUUGGUGAGUCAGAGGCCUUGCAGGAGCUUCUGCUGGAGAAGCUAGGCAGACAGAUGGUGUUCAACAGGACAGACAGUGAGGACACGAGGUCCUCCACUCCCCGAAAUGACCCUUCACAAGCAGGAGAUAACCAGACCCGAGGAGCUGCAGUGAGAACAGAUAAAAAGACAGUGACUGAUUUGGGUCUGGAGGAAAUGGAGAAGCACAAACGCUCUAAUCAAAGAGCAGAGGAGAGAUCUGUGGAGAGAAAUGGGACUGAGUCGCUCAUUAGGAGGCGCAGGUUUGCUCCCAAUUACUACCUUCAGAGUCAGGCUCUCUGGAGGAUCGAGCUGGUCUUUGUAGCUCAGGGGGAGGGCGAUCGCAAUAUCUUCACCCCGGAACGUCUGCAGACGGUUCACCGUGUGGAGCGACUGCUCAUGCAGCACCCUCAGUUCCAUCAGUUCUGCUGGAAGCCUCUGGAGCUGCUGAGGGAUCUGCCUCUGGGACCGUCCUACUGCUCCCCACCCAGCUCCCUCCUGUCCUACCUCUACCCCAGUGAGCGAGGAGGCAAGAUCUACUACGAUGGCAUGGGCCCAGACCUGGCUGACGUCCAAGGUUCUCUGAGUCUGGCCAUCACCCACCCACAGUUUUACUGGUACGUGGACGAGAGUCUGUCCCCAGAGUGUCUCUCCUCCUCCCUCCUGCGCAGUGAGAUCCACUUUGGUGCUCCACUGCCUUCCUACUAUUCCCUGCAGGACCGCACUGACGAGCAGAGAACACGCUUCAAAACAUUUGUGGUCCAGUACGCAGACAUCCUGUCCAAGCAGUCCACCAGUCAGGUGAAGGUGCUGUACGGAGGCACGGAGCUGUUUGACGACGAGGUGAGGAACAUCUUCUACAACGACAUGAUGUUGGCCGUCAUCAGUGGAGGCUGCAUCACUGUGCUCGUCUUUGUUCUCACCUCCUUCUCCGUCUUUCUGACUUUCUUCGGACUGGCCAGCAUCGGACUAAGUUGCCUGAUGGCACUUUUCUUAUACCACGUUGUUUUUGGUGUGAGAUAUCUGGGCAUUCUCAACGGAGUGGCAGCUUUUGUCAUUAUCGGCAUUGGGGUGGACGAUGUAUUUGUGUUCAUCAGCACCUUCAGACAGGCCUCUCACCUGCGUCAGCCGCAGCAGAGGAUGAUUUACACCAUAAAAACUGCCGGCCGAGCCACUUUCCUCACCUCCUUCACUACUGCGGCUGCCUACGCUGCCAACACCUUCUCUCAGAUUCCAGCCGUGCAUGACUUCGGUCUCUUCAUGGCGCUCAUCGUCAGCUGCUGCUGGCUGUGGGUGUCCGUCCUGAUGCCGGCCGCUCUGUGUAUCUGGGCUCGGCAUGUGCAGCCACGUGAACAGGCAUGGGUGAAGUGCUGGAGGUUGUUCCCGUGCCUGUCAGUGAGCCAGAGUCCUUUGUCAGAUGAGGACGAUGAUGUGGCACUUCUGUCAGUGGAGCUGGAGCCAGGUUCCUGUGACACAGAUGGUGAUGCAGCUGUUCUGUCCCUGUCUGUGGAAACACCGCUGUCACCUUCAGGACAGCAGCACGUGGGUGUGGUGAGCACGAAUCUUCAGUGGGCCCUGAAGAACUUAGUGGCAGAGCCAGCUGUGGAGCGACGUAAAGUCGUCUUAGGUGUCUUCCUCCUGGUUCUGCUCUUAUCUGCCGGCUGCUGCUGUCUCCUGAGGCCGGCCACUCACGCUCCUCUGCUGUUCCGCCGGGACACAAACCUCCAGACUCUGCUGGCUCUGAGAAGCAACCUCAGUGGUCAAGGCAUCUCCUGCCCCAUGUGCUCAGGUGUAUUCCUGGAGAAGCCCCACUCUUUAUACAGCCACACUUCGGUGUCAGGUUUUAAGUUUUCUACUCGAAAGCAAGGUCCGAGCUCGAUGACGUCCAACACUAAAGUGAAUUCAGGCUCUCUGCUGACAGUGCACAUCUCAAAACUGGACCUCGGAGCCUCAACAACCCUCUAUCGCUUCUCCCUCAACACCAGCGUUCCCUCGCCAUGGAAACUAUGCAGCGAAGAGCCCAAAGAAGUGUCAUCGUUCCAGGCUUAUAAUCAGCCCCAGAGCAAUUACACCAGCAGAAUGACAGUGUGUGUUUCCCAUGUGUACCACCCGUACCCCAGCUGGAUGAUCACAUCUGGCUCAUGCGAGUCCCAUCAUGGCUGGACGCCAGAGUUCUCCUUUUAUGUAGCAGGGACUCCACAACAGACGCACAGCAGGAGGCUGUACUUUGCACAGCAGCGUCUCAGACCUCAUCCCAGCCGCGUGUGUGUCAACCCGCCUGGCUGCGGCAUCAGCUCUGGGCCUGAUGGACCCACACAGGGAGUCUUUUAUUCUCCUCUCUCCACUGGUUCCUCAUCUGCUGCCAAAACGAACCCAUCCAAAACGUUUGGCUUCAACCCCUGCAGCGGCGGCGUGUGCGGCCGCCCGGCGGUGCGUCCCCUGGUCGACACCGGGGCCAUGGUUUUUGUCGUGUUUGGAAUCCUGGGAGUGAACCGCACUGAGCACAGGGACAACCACGUGAUUGGAGACAUGGGCAGCAUCAUAUUGGACCCAGACUUUGACAUUUUCCAGGAAAUGGGAUAUCUCUGCAAAAUCUGUAAAGCCAUUAGUGCAAACACUUGA